UUUAUUAUUCGAUGAAUCGGCCAUCUGUGAUUCCAUAUGACGGCGCGCGCAAUGACGAAGUGUGCGAACGUACGGAUCGCGUGGCACGCGAGAUGGCAUGCGGGUGACAUCGAUGCCGGCAAACGAGGUAACUUUCGUGGCGAACGGACGAGAGCUCUUCCGAAGUUCCCGAAAUAUUCCCGAAUAGUUGCAGGGGCGAUUUGGACUGCCAGCACUUGGAUAUACCGUGGGCUGAUGACUCGGUUUACGGUCAUGAAAAUAGAAUUACGAGUUUAUUAGCGAAUUUCGACCGACUUACAAACGAUCUGAAUUAAGAGGGAAAAGGUUAUCGCUGCAAACUUUAUUUUAAUAUAAACCGAUAGAUAUAAAGAAAUUUUGUUUUUAUUUUAUAUAAACGAAUUUGUUAGAAAAUUUAAAGAAGUAAAUGCUGAAGAAAUGACUCGAGCUUCCGCGAGUAAUCAGAAAAUUAUUUAAGUGACGCUUACUUCUACAUUCUUAUAGGAAGAAAGUAAAGUGAUUAAAAAAUAACAUUUAAGAAAAUGAUUUACAUAGAUAUAUAUAGAUAUAUUAUUUUGAUAAUACGUUGGGAAAUAUUUACGUGUGUUACAAUUUCUGUUGCAAUAAUCUUGAUGAUUUCGAAAAUAAUCCAAAAGAACUCGUAAUUUCUUAUUCCACAUAAAGUAAAGAAUUAAAUUAAAAUUAAGAACUGAAGCUCUCGGGAUAUUAAAAUCUUACUUCAUAAUAUUAAAAUAGAUACAUAUGUUUAUAAUCUUUUAUUUAUUCGAAAUCACAAAGAGUUCUAACAAUUCGGAAACAAUUACGUCAACAUUUAAUCAAUUGUAAUACACGACUUCUUGCGAACAUUAUCCCCAGCAAUCUCUGACACGGGUUCUGUUUCUCUUGAAUAGAACGACAUAUCACUUGCACUUUCUUCAGUACACAAGAGAACGUUUAGCACGUCGCGACGUCCUGAGAUUUGCCGAUGCCAGAACGACUGUCGCGUCGAAUCGCAUCGGAGUCGCAUAUACCGGUAGCGGAAGCGUGUCGGACCGUAUUCCGCUCGUUCUCCGAGGCCGGGUACCGCGGUAUGCCGUGUCGAAGCCGGCUAUGCUAUACUGCCGCCAAUAAUUCCGCUAUUUCGGGUCGUCUAAUUUGGGCCCGGUGACGCUGUGCUUUUAACGGCGGCGUUGAUAGCGGAGCAUCAUCCAGUGCCGCCGGCCACCACCACCGUCGCCCAGCAAUAACCACCGGAACGACGAGAGUUCGGUGGUGGCGAGACGGCCGCUCGCUGCAGUCUCCCGAGGGCUUGGGCCUCCUACUGCCACCCGAAGCUGGUCCUCCGAUCCUUAAAGGCGUCCAGUCGAGACGGCGUGCCGAAAUGUCGGGAAUAGAAGAUUCGCAGAACGCGUCGGAGCAGGACGACACUCAAGAUGAGGCCACGGAAACAGCGGAAGUCAGCAAUGAGGUAGCGAGCACGAUAGACGAGUCGGAUACCUCCGAGCUGUCGGCAAAAUCGUCUACGAAGGAGUCGGAAGAGGAACGAGAGGAAGUUAAGGAGAAGGAACGAGAAGAAGUAAAGGAGAAAGAACCAGAGGAAAUUAAGGAGGCAGGAGACACGAAGGAGUCGCCGGGUCGCGAAGAGACGCAAGAAGAAGAAACGUCGGCCCCAGCCGAGCUGGCGACCGUCACGAGGAGCGCGUCGUCGGACGACGGCGUGCUGGUGUCGGGGGUAGCCGCGAGGCAGGCGGAGCCGGGUGCAGGGGUGCCACUGGCAACCACCGUCGGCGACGGAGACGGACAGCAGCGUCGCGUCAGCGGCGGUCCCAGCGCGGCAAUUGGUGAGUGGAAUUCAUUGCCGGUACUGGUAGAACGUCUGCGCGAGGCGCUCGAGCUGUCCCUGGCGGCGGGUUGCCGGCGAGGCGGCGACGAGCCCGGCGUCGGCGUCGGCGUGGGCGCCGGCACCGACGGCCUCGGCGACCAAACCUGCGCGCGCCGUUCCAUGGAACAGGCGUUGCUCGGUUGCAACCACGACGUGCCCGUAUCGAGGAAGGACGAGCUCAAGUUCCUGGAGGACCUGCUGCUGUUGGACAUCCAGACCGCGCUCUCCCGUUUGCGCGAGACCCUCGAGCGCACGGACGUCGCGACCCUCGCCAAGCACGGUGGAGUGUCGGACCCCACGAGUAAGCUACACCUCCUACGGUUGGUGUCGAGCCUGCUGUCGCGGCUGCAGGUGCCGACGGAAGAAAGGGAGCCGAGUAGCGGCGAGGCCGACAGGACGGCGGACGUUGCGGCGCAGGGUAGCGGCGCGCCGCCCGGACGAAGACGGCGCCCCGUCAGACACACCAUCGGCGUCUCCGCCGAGGAGAUCGCGCGCGCGAGGAGGCAGCUGGAGGAGAGCAGCGCGGACCUGGCGAGGCUGAACGACCAGGUGUUCCCGGCUGUACGACCCGAACCACCGCUGCCCGCGUCGCGUAACGUAACCAGCGGCGAGAGGCCGCACGUGGAGGAGAUCCACGACAAGUACACGAAGGACGUGAUUAAUCAGCGUCAGUCGUUGCGCGACAGGAACAAGGACGCCGGUGCGUAUCGGCCGCUGAUUCCGUCGCAGAUCGGUUAUGCAGAUCGGCCGGUGGUCGCACCCAGAACAGCGAACGAAUCCAAUACCCAGACCCGGCAACGCGACAGCGUCGACGGCUAUCAAGAGAAGGUGAGCGACGACGAGGAAACCGCGAUCAAGAGGGCGAGCGAGGAGCAGAGCCGGGUGACGAAACUCGCGGCGGCGCUUCGGCAACGCGCGGAACUGAUCAGCGCCGGUAAAUGCAGCAACAAGUUCGCGGCGAAAAAGUCAAAGAUCAAGCGCGCCAAUACCAUCGACAUACCGAGCUACCUCAAGUUGCAGACCGAUAGUUUCGGUUACGACAAUCCCGGCUGCGUGGUCCUGCGACGUCCCAUUAACGUGGGCGACAAGAUCGUGGCGAACGCGUCCAAUCUCGGCGUGCCGUCGUUCCAACCCAGAACGGAGAACGAUAAGAAGUUCCUGGCGUUGAUCAGCCGGAACGAGACGCAGGCGUGCAACGCCGUGCCCGCCUUUGUCAAGUCCUUCGGCUACAACAAGACGAUGGAUAUGCCGCAGACGAACGAAAAUUGGAACAAUCGGUUCUCGAACAUCAAGACCGCCUUCGACAAGCCCUCGCUCGCGAACGAUGCCGACAAGUUGUCACCGAGAUUGCAAAACACCGCGAAACACUUCUCGGAUACGCCCCAAACGUCCCCCCAAGUCCCGGCGAGGAAGAAGACGCCGGCCAGUGGCAGCGCGCCGCACAACGGCUUCCCGUUCGCAAACGUAAACGUGCCGCAGCCGGACGCGGGCUUCAGACACGCACCUUCGUCGCCGUUUCGAAAGAUCGAGAAGCCACGUACACCAAAGUCCCCGGCUGGCUACCAUUGGCAGAGGGACAACGCACCACCAUCCGGAAAUUCCUUGCGUGAGAAAGCCAAGAUGUUCGAUCGAGACGGCAACCAAUCCCAACCGCCGUCGUACAACGCGAACGAGAACAUUCAGAAGUCUACCUUUCCUCGACCACCGUGGAUCGAACACGACAGAAACGAAGGCAAAUCGAACAAGAUGGUGACCGAAAACGGGCGGCUCGACUAUCGGCUGUUCUGCAAGCAGUUCGCGCCCUUCAUCGGCAAGAACGCCGCUCCGGAAGCCAAGAGCGUCGAGGAUUCUCGCAGGCGCCACGAGCACUCGAACGCGCAUCGCAAGAACUUGGCACCGUUGAACGAGAAGCUCGGCGUGGUAGACGGGAAGAUUUCCUUCAGGAUGUUCCCUGAAAAAGGACCGCAGGUCCAGUAUCGCCCGAGCGAGCCGCGUCGCGCAGUUGAGGAACCAGUUCGGGACAAAUUUGAUGUCCGCAGCGAGAAGAGUGCCUUUAAAUUAGCGCAAACCACAGCGCGUAACGACAAGGAUCCGUUUGGAGCUGCAUUCGCGGUGAACGCGCCGAUCGAUGCGAUGCUCAAAGGUAGCUCGUCUGUGGCCGUACAGACGGGUGUCAACGACGACGGUCAUCCUGGGGAGGCACGCGUGUUUCGAGUAGUUCCUAGAGUCGCAAAGGGACCGCCGUCCGCGUACAAUAACGCAUCUGUUCAGACCCAUAACGAGUCGGAAGUGGAAGCCAAGGAACACUGGACGGCUCCUCAAUACAACGUCGUUCCGAAAUCGGACUCGAUGUAUCAUCCUGCCGGGGAGCCGAGCCAUUUCGUUCUGGACCACAAUCGCAAUUAUCAUGCCUUAACGACUGACACCACGUCACGAAACGAAGACAUGCCCUCAGCGAACAAGAAUCCGUGCGACCUUGUCAAAGAAGACACCGUUUGCGCGCCGUAUACCACGGAGAAGGUUCCGUUUCAGGCGAUUUCCGGCCAUCAGUUGCCGGAACAGCGCGAACCGGUCCUCCGAACGAGUCCGCGAUGUGAAAAUUACUUCUCGCCUAAAUCGGCGAUUGAUAAUCAAUUUCAAAUGUACCCGACUUAUAUCCCGUAUGUUAAAUCCAACAAGGAUCCAUUCGAAGAUCGGAUGCCGAGCGUGUCGCAUGAAAUCGGCAAAGAAAAGCCCUUGUGUACAAAUGACGGCGUUUUGCCGGAGGAACAGAAUAUCCAGAAUCAGGACAUCAGCGCGGAUACCGGCGUCGUCACGCGGUACACCUGUGCGAUUGCGACCGUAGCGUCUGCGGACGUUCCGACGGCGCAACUCAACGAAAUCAGACUGGAAUCUGGAACGUCAUCCUCCUCCUCACCCUCGCAGCUCUGGUCGCAUCCCAAACCGACCAGUAGCGAGACCACCACGACCGAGGACGAGAUACGUCGACACAACAUGCUACAGCAGAGCCUGGUGCGUCAGUUGCAGAACGAGCGAGCGAUGCUGAACGAUCAUCAUACGUCUGUCGUUAACCAGCCUAGCAAUUUCAAUCAGCCUAACAGUUUUCAUCAAUCUAACAGUUUUAAUCAACCUCUAAGAUUCCAAUCGCCCGAGACGCCGAAAAGACUGGAACUGCCCAAGAGACCGGAGCCACCGAAAAGAUCGGAACCGCCGAGAAGAUUGGAGUCGCCGAAAAGGCCGGAACUGCCGAGAAGAUCGGAACCGUCGAGGAAGUUGGAACCGCCGAGGAGAUUGGAGCCUCCGAGAAGACCAGAGCCACCGGUGGUCGUCACUGGUUUGCUGUCGGUAACACCACCCUCCGGAUUCAGCGCGAAGAACCGGAUCACCGCUCUUAGAGAACAGUAUGAACCGGGCGGCCACUCAAAACCCAUCCAAAAGGAACACUCGCCGAUCCCGAGCGACACGAUGGACUCCAGUGACGAGUAUCUUGUAUCCUGCACCAACAGGCCGUCCAGAUCCAUCGUUCUGUCAAAGUCCGAGUCGUGGCACCAGCUGGCACUCUCGAGGAGUCAUCACGCAUCGUCGCGCCCGGUACAGGGUAAGUUGCCGCCGCAAUCCCUCGCCGGUACCGGAUCCUACCUUCCGAAACCGCCCAAGCCGAGGUCGCCGUCGUCCUUCAAGAUGAAAAAGCAAUACGAGGCGUCCUCGUCCUCGGACAGCGUAAAGAAGAUGGAGGACAAGAUACGCAGGUACUUCGACAGUCCGGCGAACGACGGCGCCGCGGAGACGAAGGACUCCAAGGGCAGACGUUUCUCGUCGCGCGACUCGGUGAAGAAGGGCCUUGUCGGUCUGUCCAGGAGUCGCACCAUGCCGGGGAUAUGCGACGAAAGCCUGCGUCUGACAAUCCCGACGGUGCCGCAGAUUCCCGUGGGGAGCCUCAACAGCGCCGACGUGGACAAGGUGUUUGACGACAUCUUCGAGGAGGCUACCAGGACCGACGAUCAUCAUUUCUGAUCGACCGAUCUUCAUCGUGUUGUAAAGUGUCGGCGCGGUGUGCACUUGGGGGACUUGACGACGGUAAAAGCGACGUCCGUUCAAGACUUUUGCGAGUGCUCUUUGUGCGAGAGCCGGCGACACUCCGCGCCGCGCUGAACAUCGUGAUAAGAAUGCGAUUCUACACUAGUCUCGAUAUGCUACGUAAUCCGGCCGACAACGCGGAUCGUUAAACUGUGAUCUUGCCCACUUUGACUCGCACUUGGCCUGCCCUUGACAACUGCAAUCCGGGACGACGCGCACACAGCCGGUUAAUUCUAACUGUUUAGGGGUUUGCAGAUACGAUUAUUGUUACUCGUUUUCAUAAGACUGUUUCUGUAAACGUUAACUGAGAUUCUA